AUGCUGCGCUACAGCUCCGGCGUCACGCUCACCACCACCACCCCCAGGAAGCCGGACGAGGACGAGCCCGGCGGCAAGAAGCGGGCCAAUGUUUGUCGACUGCGUUUAACCCUGCCCCCUGAAGAAGGCUCGCUUCCUCAGGAAGGAAAAAGUAAAACGGAAAGAACCAGAAAGCAUCUUUUCCAGGUCCCCAAUGGAUUGCCUGCAGGGAACUUAUCGCACGGUGUGGUUUAUGGUGUGGUCCGUAGAUCCGACAAUAAUCAUAACAAAGAAAUGGUGGUCUAUGGGUGGUCAAUGCACCAGCUGAAAGAAGAAAUGAAAUACAUAAGGGAUGUCAGGUUAACCUUAGAAAGGGCAAGAAAGAAAAUGUAUGGAGAAUAUGAUGAGAUGAAACGCAAAAUCCAAGAGCUUACAAAUGAACUGGCAGUAUCAAGCACGCAAAAGGAGUCUUUGGAAAGCCACCUACAAGUGCACUCGGCAGCUCUGGACAGCUUUAGUGAAAUGAACAGCUCUUUGACCUCGGCCUCCAUUGAGUUGCAGAAAACCCUAGUUGACGUUACUUUGGAGAACACAGUUAUACGAGAUCAGAUAAAGAGUCUGAAACAAACGCACGAACAGUCCAUGGAAAAACUGAAGGAGAAGCAGAAACAACUGGAAACGGCCCGAGUGAAGAACGAAUUGCUCAAGCUGAAAGUGGAAUGCUCGCAAGAGGCUAAUGCGGAAGUGAUGAGAGAGAUGACCAGAAAGCUGUACAGUCAGUACGAAGAAAAGCUGCAAGAGGAAGAACAGAAGCAUAAACUUGAGAAAGAAACCCUCAUAGCUGAGACGAAUAGACUGCUCAAGGCCAUUGAAGAUGCAAAUAAGAGGAUGAGGCUGACGGAGACGAGUUUACAAGAAAAAGACCAGAAGAUCGGUGAUCUGGACCAGUUCAUUCAGCGUAUGGAAGAGGAACGUCACCAAUUGCAAAAACAGCUCCUGGAGUAUGAGCUACAACUGCAUGGAGCAAACCUGCACAGCCAGGCCAGCAGGCAGAGAUCACACCACUUGGAGGAGGCAACGGCCAGCUUGCGCGAACGUAUCAGGCAUCUGGAUGACAUGGUUCUUUGCCAGCAGAAGAAGGUCAAGCACAUGGUUGAGGAGAUUGAGCUGCAGAAGAGGAAGAUGAAGGAAAAAGAGCUCUUUAUAUUGCAGCUUCUAGAAAAAAUAUCUUUCCUGGAAGGAGAGAACAAAGAACUGCAAGACCGUUUGGACUACUUGAUGGAAACGCAGCCGAAGACUGACGUAGAAACCAGAGACAUUGCAGUGGGCUGUGAUCUCCCGCUGAGGAAAUUUAUAUCAAGGCUUCCGGAUAAAGGUAAGAAGAUCUCUGCUUUUGCAGAGAAACUGAAGGUGGCGAUAACCCAAAAGGAGGAGGAAAGGAAAAGAACGGAGUUCUUGUCCACGGUUAGACUUGCGUUCCAGAAAAGACAAGAGGGGCUUGACUCCAGCCAACACGGGAAUGCUGCCAGCGAGGACAACCCGGCCGGGGAAGAUGCGCCUCGGACUCCUGCCGCUUGUGCCAGCGAGGCCCUUGGGGUGGCUGUGCAAAACCAGCCAAGCAUUUGGGCCACAAAAACGAGGGCACAAAACGAGCCAGAACCAGCACAGCAGGUCCGCAGGGACUCUGACCCUCCUCCAGGGAAGGAGAGUGUUUCCGAGGCAUCGGCCCCCUCGGGGUUUCUGCGCCACAAUCCGCACAUGUCCGCGGGCAGACAACCACACUACAUUGAAGUGCUGGAAAGGAGAGCUAAGAACCCCGUGAGGAAAAAGAGCGCCUUCAAGCCCAACAGCAUCCCAGCCGAGCUGAGCGGGUCGUCCCGCAGCUCCUCUGAAGCGCCUUCCCCCGGAGGCGGCAGCCGCUUGCCCGUUUCCACUGAAGAAAGACUCCGCAGGGAGAAGCAGCACCUGGAUGACGUCACGGCCGCCCGCCUGCCCGUCCUGCACCACGCCCCCAUGCAGCUACUCCCCCUCGAGGAAUCGAUAGCCCUUCAGGUCCAGCAGAAGGCAGCCUAUGAGGUUAGCCGGAUCACAUGUUCUUUGUUCACCCUGCAGACCAACAGCCGGGCGUUUGCCCCGAGCCAUUGA